GCGCAGGGGGCUCCGUUGGGGGUGGUUUCCUCGCCAGGCUGAGGCGGUCGAGGCAAAAGGUCCGUGAGCAGCUCGGGCGCUCCCAGGAAGGGCUCCUGGAUCAAAGCUGCUCCUCAUGCUGCUCUUCCGCGCCGGUCUCGCUCUGGGAAGAUGCAGUUCCUCGGCCGGCUCGUGAACACCAUCAACAGCGUCACGCAGAUAUUCACGAACCCUUACCGCGUCAAGGAGGUGGCCGUGGCCGAGUACGCGGCCCACCCCCGCCUGAGGGAGGACGGCCGCGUGGCCCUGCACAAGAACGGCCUGGCGCGCUCCUGGGACUGCCUCCUGGUCAAUCCCCAGAGCCCCCAGGUCGCCUUCCGGCUCUUCCAGCUUGACAAUGAGCUGGACGCGGCUGCGCGCUUUGAGCAGUUUGCCGGGCAGCUGCGUCCUUUCUACGAGAGCUCCGCGCAGCCCCUGUCGCUGGAGGUGCUGCAGCAGCUUUGCGACUGCUUCCGCAGCCACCCCAGCUGGUCCGUGGCCCACGUGGCGGUGGAGAUCGGCCAUCGCGAGAGCUUCCGGCACAACCUCGUCCUCAGCUGCGUCAACAGCGCAGACAGCGAGGAGGGCUGCACGCCGCUGCACCUGGCGUGCCGCAGGGGCGACGCCGCGUGCCUGCAGGAGCUGCUCGAGUGCCACGCGCGCCUCGACGUCGCCGACAGGAACGGCGAGACCGUCUUCCACUACGCCGUGCGAGGGAGCAGCCCCCACAUCAUUGAGCUCCUGGGAAGAGCCCCCACUGUUGGCUUGGACCACCUGAGCCAUGAAGGGCUGACCCCUCUGCAUCUCGCUUGCCAGCUGGGCAAAGAGGAUAUGGUUUGUGCUCUGCUCAAGUGCCGUGCCAGCUGCAGCGUCGUGGGGACCCUGGGCUACCCCAUUCACGUGGCUGUGAAGUACUCCCAGACAGGGUGUGCCCAGGCCAUCCUGGAAGCAGAUGCCAGCCAGGUUCACUCCAGGGACCCUCGCUAUGAUGCCAUUCCGCUGCACUGGGCAAAGAAGGCAGAGGUGACACAGCUGCUGCUCCGGCACGGCUCGGAUUUGGGCUUCCGGAGCCGCACCGCCGACAUGGCCCUGCACGUGGCCGUCCGGAGGGGCCGCUUCGACUGCGCCAUGGUGCUCGUCACCCACGGGGCCCACACCAACGCCAAGGGCCAGGACGGCAACACUCCGCUGCACCUGGCCAUGAAACAAGACCAUCUAGACAUGAUCAAAGCCCUCAUUGUGUUCGGAGGGGAUGUCGAGAUCCCCAAUGACUUCGGGGAGACCCCAGGGCUGUUGGCGGCGCGGAGCAGCAAAGGUGCGAACCGGAAAGUGCUCUUAGACCUGCUGCAAACUGUAGGGACCGAACGCUGCCACCCACCCAACCCUGAGUCCCCAUGCCUAGCACCAUCUGCGGCCUCCCUCUUCGUGGAAGGGCAGCCUCCCCCACGGAGCAGCCUCAGCAGCUUAGGGUACCAAGACCUUCUCUAUGUUUCCACGGCGGUUGGACAGAUGCUGAAGACACCAGACUCUGUGGACUCACCUAGCGAGGGAGGGAGAAAUCACGACCGGCUCCUGUGCCUGGAUGGAGGGGGCAUCCGGGGCCUGGUGCUCAUCCAGCUCCUCCUGGCCAUCGAGAAGGCUGCGGGCCGCCCCAUUCGGGAGAUAUUUGACUGGAUCGCGGGGACCAGCACCGGGGGAAUCCUGGCCCUGGCUAUCGUGCACGGGAAGUCCAUGGACUACAUGCGCUGCCUGUACUUCCGCAUGAAGGACAUGSUGUUCCGGGGCUCUCGGCCCUACGAGUCAGAGCCCCUGGAUGAGUUCUUGAAGAAGGAGUUUGGGGAAAACACCAAAAUGACAGAUGUCCAAAAACCCAAGGUCAUGGUGACGGGGACACUGUGUGACCGGCAGCCGGCUGAGCUCCACCUCUUCCGGAAUUACCCUGUGCCCGAGACAAAAACCUCCACAGAGUACAAGACAACUGCCUCUUUCAAACCGCUGACUCGGCCGGAAGAGCAGCUGGUGUGGCGCGCGGCCCGCUGCAGCGGCGCCGCUCCCACCUAUUUCCGACCCAUCGGCCGCUUCCUGGAUGGUGGCCUCCUGGCGAACAACCCCACCCUCGAUGCCAUGGCCGAGAUCCACGAGUACAACAAGACCCUCGUCAAGAAGGGGCAGAAGCAGAAAGUGAGGAAACUCGGGCUGGUGGUUUCCCUGGGGACCGGGAAGCCUCCGCAGGUGCCGGUGAGCUCUGUGGAUGUCUUCCGGCCCUCCAACCCCUGGGAGCUGGCGAAGACUGUGUUCGGCGCCAGGGAGCUCGGCAAGAUGGUCGUGGAUUGUUGCACUGACGCAGAUGGCCCAGCUGUGGAUCGUGCCAGGGCCUGGUGCGAGAUGACAGAUGUCCCAUAUUUCCGGUUGAGUCCUCAGCUGCACACAGACGUGAUGCUGGACGAGGUGAACGACACGGUGCUGGUGAACGCCCUGUGGGACACGCAGCUCUACAUCUACCAGCAGCGGGAGCAGCUGGAGCAGCUGGUGCGGCACCUUCUCGCCCGAUGACUCGCCCGGAGCUGCCGGCUCUGCAUCCCCGUGUCACUGAGGCGGCCCUGACUUGCUCUGGAACCGAGGUGUUGGCGUGAGGGACAGGACUAGUAAGAAGUGUGGAAUUAAUAUUUAGAAGGCAACACCACAAUGCACAUACACAUGUAUUCCGGGACACAAACACCUAUAUUCCAGGAGAGCUGAGAAAGGCUCAGGUGUGGAGGACUGUUCUCGCUGGGCUGUUGCCUGGUCUCUGAUGUUUGUGCUUGAAGCCCAAGCCCUCAGUGUUGCUGCCCUGAUGUGACUGUACAGCCCUUCCCAGCAGCUGGAGCUCCCACUUCUCUUGUGAUCCAGCAGCUGGAGACUGGGAGACUGCCCGCUUUGUGUGCAGCGCCUCUAAGGGCCCAGCACCACACACCUUCCCACAGAACAGGCCAAUAUCAGAUAAGGCUUCUAGGAUUAGCUGCCCUGCUUGGCCUGAGAUGUUUCCUUGUGCACAAUAUAGGGGGGAAAAAAGGGGAUUCUUCCCUCAGCAGACGCUGUUUGAAGGGGAGUAAGCACUUUGCCCCUUUCUCCAGUAGAUCUGGACRCAGAAUAGUGCAGUUGGCCUUGAGAGAAGGGGAAAGCUUUUGUGAAUUGCUUGUAUUUGGUAACAGCCCUUCCCCUUUUCCCUCAGAGAUGGGCUGGCAACCCAGCUUCUGAUUGUGCCUCGUGGGGAACAGACCCCAGCAGAGGUGAUGUCAGAGGGCACAAAACAGUUGUCCGACUUSUUAUGAUGUUUAAGAAGAGGGGCAAUGUCCUUGGCUGCCCAGAGAGACUUGGGAGAUCACCAGCAAGUUGAUUGUUGGUCUUGGUUCCUAAUGUGCAAUUGAAAUGCUCUGAGAUCAACUCCUACCAAAUAAACUGACCAUGUGAAAAGCUGAAUUAUCAUUUUUUACUUUUAYUGCUGAAAACCUCAUCAUGGAUGACUUCUGCAUUACUCCAAGUUUCUGCAGUAUGUUUUGCAGUGUUUAUUAAUGAUUUAUUUAUCUGCUCAGGUGAGUUCUGAGGAAGGACCUAGAAAAAGCGGAACUGUGAAUUC